AUGGACAGCCCAAUCCUCCUCUUAUGCAAGAGCCAUUUCAACGAUGAUGCCCUCGCAAAGAUCGAAACCUUGUUCGAGACCAUCUUGGAUGCUGUCAGUGUCGGGGGCCCCGUUGUGAUACCCUAUCGGCGGUCGACUAAUGCCCAGACAUUCAACGCAACCGCUUUUACCUCAAAUCCAAGUGAUGGGCGGCACAUAGAUUCCGUAAGAUUUCCUGGACGUAAUCCGCAGGAGCUUCGAAGAUUUGAAGCCUUGUUUCGCAUCAUUGAGCUUUCUCACGAAGCCCUCUUAUCUGGGACUCUGAUUACCAAGAGGUCACAGAGCAUGGUCGACGAGAUGGUGGACAAUCUUGCAUUCACACUCGGAGUAGGGCGUGGUGAUCUGAACAUUGUAGCCACCGCAAAGGGCCUCAUUGCUGGUCAGGUGCAACUUAUGAUGCGGGGAGGUACCAGCAUCAAUUGUGCCGAGUCUUCUGACAGUGGUGUUCUGCUACCAUCAAUCAGUGCAGUCGAGAAAAUCGACUUUCAAUCCGUCAAAUGGCUUCUCGUCAUUGAGAAGGAGGGAAAAGGAUAUCCCGACCUUGCUACACGAAAGUUCCUCGCAACCCUCCACUUUGUUCAACCACGUCUACCUAUGUUUGCCUUGGUCGACUUUGAUACCCACGGGAUCUCUAUCCUUCGGACGUACCAAUACGGCAGCCAGCGGCUUGACCAUGAGGAGCGCACUAAAGUGCCCAGGUUAAGAUGGCUUGGUAUUCGCAGUAGCGAUGUCCUCUCGCAGACAAUGGUGACGCAAGAUCCCUCAGCCAACAACCAGGACAGCCAAUCGAGCCAAGACCUCUCGAGUCAGGAAUCAAUCGCUUAUUCUGUGGAUGCGCUCCAAGACGAACGUCCGACGAAAAGACCGAGAACUCGAAGAACGAAAAGCCACCCAAGCGACUCCACAGCGCCACUCAACGAAGGGGACAGGGAGAAGGCCGUCAGCGUUUUGCGAGACAUUUGCACCACGGCAAGACUUGACUCAUCAGGGCGGGAACACAAGCUAGAACUGCAGAGAAUGUUGAUGCUCAAUGUCAAGGCUGAGAUACAGGCGGUUGAUGAUUUCGGCGAUAUUACGAACUGGUUGGAUGAGCGACUGUUAUCCCAAAGCAGGUAG